AUGACUAUCGUAUUAGGCAUCGAAGGUAGUGCCAACAAAUUGGGCGUCGGAAUAGUUCGUGAUGGAUCAGUGCUUGCGAAUCCUAGAGUAACAUACAUCACUCCACCUGGUGAAGGUUUCCAGCCAACAGAAACAGCCAAAUUUCAUCGGUCUCACAUUAUUGAACUUGUUCAGAAAGCCAUUAACGAGGCGAAAGUUGACCCUUGCGAAUUGGAUGCAGUUGCUUACACUAAGGGUCCUGGUAUGGGUGCUCCUCUUCUCACUGUUGCAGUUGUUGCUCGUACUCUUGCUCAAUUAUGGAAUAAACCUUUGAUUGGAGUUAAUCAUUGCAUAGCACACAUUGAAAUGGGUCGUCUUAUCACUGGUGCAAAAUCGCCCAUCAUAUUGUAUGUCAGCGGUGGUAAUACACAAAUUAUUGCUUUUGUUUCUGGGCGUUAUCGAAUUUUCGGAGAAACGAUCGAUAUAACAUUGGGAAAUUGUUUUGAUAGGUUGGUUUAUGCUAUUAAAUUAAACCUAUCUAACUUGUAACAUACUACUUAUCAAUCAUCACUUUUCCAAACAAACCUUAAUCGAAGUUCUAUGUCUUGAAUACUUUCUGUUGUAUUCUGUAUUUUGGGAUUAUUUAGUAUUAAUAUGCCAAUUCUUAUAAAUUAAGGAAACACUGUUUUGCAAACCUCGCUAAUUACUCCUUUGGUGUGUUUCAAUGAGUUUGACAUUUUUACUACUUCCAAAAGUGAUUCAUCUGUUUCUUUCUCAUAAUUUCCGUCUCUCAAAGUUCAAGAAUUAAUUUUUUAUUACAAGUUACAGCCAAGUAUUACGCAGUCGAAACCUUGCUUAGGUUGUAGUGAGAAGUUUAUCGGUCAGUACUGAGCAACGAAAUGUAGUCAGGUGGUGGAUCCCAGCGAAUCUUAGACAUCAUAAAUGUUGUUUAUCGUACUGAUCAUGGAAGAAUGGAAGUUGGAUGCAAUAUUGGUUAUGCUACUUAUUGCAGCUAGUGAAGUAGCUUGAUAGGAAAUUCAUUUGAAAGACGUCCCUUCACUCAAUUUUAUUAUUAAAUUAGUUUGAGAAUACAAAAAUGUCUAAGCCUGCCAAGAUUAAACCUGG